AUGGACGCAUUUCAUACUUUCGGUGGCUACCUUGUGGGAUCCUGGAUCGCGUCUCUGCUUUAUGGUAGUGCGCUUAUCCAGGCUGUUCGCUAUUUCUCCGGCUUUCCCGACGAUACUUGGCUGCGGAAAGGCACCGUGAUUCUUGCCUUAGUUUUUGGGCUUGUAGCGUUAAUUGCAGAUUAUGGCAACGUUUACAUUCCCCUCGUGUUAUAUUGGGGAAAUACAAGUGGUCCCACGAAGAUAUACUGGUCGAUUCCAACCUAUGGCCCAUUUAACGCUGCGGUGGGAGUGGUUGUGAACACUUAUCUCAUCACCCGUUUUUGGUCUCUGUCCAAGAAUAUUAUCAUAACCAUCAUACUUUCAGUGCUUGUGCUACUUUCGGCAUCUUAUUCUGACCCUUGUCGGGAGCAUCAUGCUGGGGACCACCGCGGGUACUUCUCCCGUGGGUCUUUGAUUGAUUUACGCCGUUGGUCACUGUCACUUACCAUUCGCGACAGGGCACAAUGCGAACCCGAGGAACUAUUUGGGCCAUCUCACUCGCUGCUUGUGUCAACCGACAUAGAUGUUGCUAUUGCUGCUGCUCUCGUUUGGAAACUGAAGAAGAUGAAGAGUGCCUUUAAAUCCACCAACGGACUCAUUCAUCGUCUUAUUAUUGGCGCAGUACAAACUGGAGCAACAACAGCAGCGCUUGCGCUUUUGUUACUGGCUUUUUUCCUUCUGAACCCAACCAACAGCGUCUCAUCUAUGUUCUUGUCUACCCUCGGACCAUGCUAUCUUCAUACUCUUUUCAUCAACUUCAACUCGAGGAGGGCCGCCAAUGGCACUAGUGGCGCCUCAAGAACGACCUCUGACAGCAGGCCGCAUAUCAACACAAUACUGGUGGACGGGAUUCAGGUCCACCGAACGGCAAUCGUCACGAUGGACCCACCAGAGGUUGACAAUAAUGGCAGGUCACGAAGGAUAGACAUUGAGAGCGUCGGGGUCGAUGGUGAUUCUUACAGUGGCCAAAAGGUGUCGGAACUCUAG